CUACUUCUCUCUCUCUCUCUCUCUCUCUCUCUCUCUCUCUCCUUGUCUUGUCUUUGCAGCUGCAUCAAAUAGUUCCCACAGUUUCCACAUCAAACCCAUAAGCAUCACGCCUCUCCAAGACAAACCACCCCCUCUCUCUCUCUCUCUCUCUCUCUCAAAAAUGUCUAUAAACCACUUGUCUACGGAUCUUCCAGAAACACUCUGGUGACUCAACAGCAACACCCGCUCAUGGAGCCAAUCCCAAAUCAUCCUCCAUCUUCUUCGAAAACCGACCCUUCUUGGAGCCCCGAACUCUAUCAGCAACAACGGGCCUGGCUUAACUUCCACAAUUUCCAAGAACCCACGUCCAUGUUCCGCCAUCCAAUUAAUACCCCCAUCGACUUCAACCUCAACCACGACGACAACGACGACGAUUUCGAUGACCAAAUCCCGGAAACCCCUGCCCACCAAAAAGCAAUCUUAGAGCAAGAAGAAGAACCACAACCAGCCGAUGAAUCCGAAAAAGAACCCAUGUUUGAAAAGCCAUUGACCCCUAGCGACGUCGGAAAGCUCAACCGCCUCGUCAUCCCGAAACAACACGCUGAAAGGUAUUUCCCACUCGGUGGCGACUCGGGCUUGUUGCUGAGCUUCGAGGACGAGUCCGGAAAGUACUGGCGCUUCCGGUACUCGUAUUGGAACAGUAGCCAGAGCUACGUACUGACAAAAGGGUGGAGCCGCUACGUGAAGGAGAAGCGCCUGGACGCAGGCGACGUCGUUUUGUUUGAACGACACCGGACUAAUGGCGAGCGUUUGUUUAUAGGGUGGAGGCGCCGAGUGGCCGCUGCGCACGAUAGUGGUGGUGACAAUGGGACGUUGAUGGCCGCACAGCACAGUAACAGUAGUGGAAGUGGGUCGGGGUGGACCAGAGUGUUCUAUUCUGCGCACCCUUAUCCUACGCAUCAUCAUCAUCCUCUCCCAUACCAACCUGACUGUCUUCAUGCAGGGUCCCCUAAUCAGAGCCAAACGACGCCGACGGGGAGCUCGAGGGUACUGAGGCUGUUCGGAGUGAACUUGGAGUGCCAGCCCGAGGAGUCCGAGCCAUGCACACCUGACGGCUCGUCUUCGUCGAGCCAGGGUCCAGCCUACCAGCAUCAUUUUUAUAAUCACCAUCAUCAACCAGCUGCUAAUUAUUCUCAUUCACAUCCUCACAGUACUCACAUGGAUAUCACUUUCUCCCAAGAUGUCAACCAGAUGAGAAAUCGCCGAGGAUAAAGAUCUGUGGAUGUGACGCUCUGGAGUUGGAUUGAUUUAUCUAACCUACUUGAAGGGUCCCAAGAAAAAAAAAAAAAAAAAAAGGAAAAAAAAAUUAUAUA